CCGAGCCAAACCAAGCCAAGCCGAGCCACGGCGUGCGUCUGCGCCCCCAGUCGCACACCCCCCGCCUCCACUACUACUACCACCACCGCCGCCACCCCACCCUCGCAUCGCCACCUCCGACCACUGUUCUGUGGCGAUGGAGCCGUAACCAACCUCAGUGUGCUUAACUGAACCGAGCGUGUGAAACGGCAACGGAUACGAGGAGACAGCUGAGACCAAGCGGCUAUGGAGGAGAAGCGCAGGGAGGCUGGAGUCUAGACUGCACGCAAAUCAACAGACCCACUUGUCCGGAUUACUUUUUGCAACAUUUUUUGAACUCUAUUACCAUUUUUAGAUCAGGGACUUUCUGUCUUUUUCGCCCGAUCAUCUUAGGCUAUCACUGCUCGGCGAGGAUGCAGGGGAAGGAGGCGAGCUUUUGCACGGGAUGCUGGAGACUAACGCUGCUGUCGUGCGUCCUGGCUCUGCACUUGAUCCCGCCGUCUGUCCGCGGAAAUGUUGUCGGGACCAACGUCACUGAGCCGGACAGCACAGCCAACGUUACCUCCUUUCUUACCGGGGAGGAAGGACCUGUCAAGGCCAAUGAGAUCGCCGUGGCGGUAACUGGCACGAGCAACUCGGCCAGUCCAGACACAAUCAACACUGUGACCCCUAGGGCGGGCCGUAUCCCCCGUGCCGGCGAGGAGGAGGAGCAGAGCAGCGGCAUGUUCGAUGAAUCGGUGGUUCCUGUGGCGGAGGAAGUUGGUGUGGCAGCCCCACCUCAGCUCAGCCCUGAUUCGGCUGAGACGGAGCUUCUGUUGCCUAGCAACCCUCGUAAACAGGAUGUCAAGGAGGGUGAGGAGGAGGAGGAGGAGGAUGAGGAGGAGGAGCGUCUCCCUCACACCGACCCGCCUUGGAUCCACGCCAAGGACACAGCUGUGCUUGACCUGGACCACCUUUUCACCACCACUGCCCCACCCCCAGCCGCCACCAACCCGUCUAACCCCGACGUCCUCCAUGUUGACUUCUUCGACCCCUCCUCUCGUGGGCGAAACUUGAACCUGGCACCGCCCUCCCCUUCAUCACUGGCCCAUGAGCUGCAGGGUGGAGACCCCACCUCCUGGGCGAUGCCUGACAACUAUGACUACCUCACACCUUACGAGGACGGCGUGUCUCCCACUGCUGAUGAGUACACAUACAGCACCACAACUGACGUCUAUGAGAGCGACGAAGACCUCCGAUUGUCUGCUGGGUCUCCGGCUCGCUCCAGGCCCCGAGGCCCAGGGUCUGGCUCCUUCGUCCCAGGGGCGGGAUUUCCUGGUGCAGGGGCUCCGGUACCAAACAUCCCUGUGGCGGCUCCUCCAGCAGCCUCACCGGUGGACGGAUCAGAUGGGUUGGGUGGAUGCCGCGUGGGCUACCAGAUGGUGAACGGAAGUUGCCGCUCGCCCUGCGACAUGCUGCCGAACUACUGUUUCAACGGGGGACAGUGUUACCUGCUGGAGGGCAUGGGAGUCUUCUGCAGAUGUAACGUCCAGGAUUACAUCUGGCACAAGGGUGCCCGCUGCGAGUCGGUGGUGACAGAGUUCCAGGUGAUGUGUCUGGCCGUGGGCGCCUCGGCUCUGGUGGUCCUGCUGCUCUUCAUGAUCAUCGUCUGCUUUGCCAAGAAGCUCCACGUGCUCAAGACGGAGAACAAGAAGCUGCGCAAGCGCAGCAGUAAGUACCGGCCUUCAUCGGAGCAGCACAAUGAUAAUUUCUCGCUGUCCACCAUCGCUGAGGGCUCCCACCCAAAUAAAACCAUGAGCAGAUACACCUGGGAGUGUAAGACCAAAGAGGAGUCCGACUGUGAGGAUGAUCCUAAUUCCCAGAACAAGCUGGAGGACCCGGUGAAGGCCCCGCCCAAGGAGGACGACUCCCUCAACAUCCACAACUCUCUGACCCCCAAGCACGAGAACCACAAGGUCCUGGGUGAGGAGAACUCCUCUGAGGUAAACUCACUGCAGAACAACAUGAUGUGAAAACAAAAACAAAACAACCCAGCAACCUGACAACACAACUCUGAAAACGAUGAGGUGCACCGGCAACGGGAGCCCCCCCAAAAACCCCUCCCUGCUCUCCGUCCGUCCGUCCGCUGCCGAGUGCCCCUAACCGGUCAACCAAACCACCAACCAGCCUGCCAACGUACCAGCCAACCAACCCAGUCUGCAACCGUCUCUGACACGGCAACACUGCCACCAAGCAGCCUGAGCCGCUGCAAAAAACUUACACCACCACCGCCACCACCACCACCGCCACUGCCCAAGUUGAGAGUAACCCCGCCCCCGCCAGCCUCACCUUGCCGCCGCCUUGCAACUCCUCCGUACAUCCACUCACUCCCCUGUUUCGCAGCCCCGCCCCCCCUUGUUGCUGUCACUCUCCUCUUCCUUAUCUCUCUUACCUGCACACACGCACACACGCAGACACACACACAUACACACACAUAGUGAACAUACAUAUUCAGUGAAAAGAUGAAAACAUAAACACGCUUAUAUGUAAACACACAUACACACCUUCCCCUGCCUGCAUUGGUGUAUUUUGUAAAAAGAAAGAAAUCAUACAGAAGUUUAAAACGUACGUAAAACGUCAUUGUAAAAAAAAAAAAAAAGAAA